CUCGCUACAGCCAACGUUCCCCAGUUUCUGGCUGCAGGGCCAGCUUGAGUGACCACUUUCAAGUUCAGCCCCUGGGCAGUCCCCACUUCCCAGGGAAGGAUCCAGCACUCACAGGAGGCCAGCCAUUGAGAUCUGCUGACCCCACGGGGUUCUGUGGCCACCCUCUGCCAAUUCAAAGUCACCUCAGCUCCAACUCCUUCGCCAGCUGGCCAGAGCCAGCCUACGGCUCCCUCCCAAUCCACGCAGCCGGAUCCAGGAACUCGUCCCUAUUGGCUAAUUAUUAAUCGGAUUCUUGACAUUCCUCAGCCCCAGGCCUGCCUGAGAAGCAUGUUUCCCAGAGCAGAGACCCAGGACUGGCAUUGGGACAUGCAGCUGACAGGCAAAGUGGUGCUGUCCGCCGCUGCCCUGCUUGUAGUGACAGCAGUCUACAGACUCUACAGGUCAAGGCCUGCCCCAGCUCGACAGGGGAGUGGCAAUGCCAAGAGCAAAGCUGAAGAGGAAGCAAAGGGCUCCAGGCAACCUGCCUUCCAGGGGCCUCCUCCAGGGACGCUGCACACGGAGCCGAGACGCCGUCCACGGAAGGUGAGCCAGGGAGCCAGAGCUCCCCAGGACUUCAGCUGCGAGGACCUGGGAGACCACUGUGUCCUGGCCUCAGGAGCUGCUCCUCGAGACGAGAGGUCCCAGAGUCAAUACUUCAGUGAGGAACAGGGCAGGGGAUGGCAAGACUCGGAGCAGGUGCCCCUGCGCUGCCAUAGCCAGGAAUCUGGAACAGCUGUUGGCGCUAAGCCCAACCCUCCCCACUGCCCCGGUUAUCAAAGCAGUGAACCUGAAAGUGCCCCAGCCAGCCUUGCAACAGCGGCCACGGACAGCAGCUGUGUGGGAGGUGAGCCUGCUCCAUGGGGGAAUGGCAGACAGCCUGAGCAGCCAGCACCUGGGGAGCAGGAACCUGACCACCAGCCCUGGGUGACUCCAGUGGAAAGCAGUAAUGACAUGAACCCAAAUUGGGUCUUCACCCGCGUGUCAGGGGUCAGCAGGGAAGAGGCCGGGGCCCUCCAGGCUGCCUCAGAUAUGGGCCUGGCCCUGCACCAGCAAGAAGGCGCCGGUGACGCCUCAUAUACCUUCUCAUCUGUGGCCCGGGUUCGCAUGGAGGAGAAUUACAUUCAACAGGUGGAAGGGAAAGGGCUCAGGCUGAAGGGUAAAGUGUACGAUUACUACGUGGAAUCCACCUCCCAGGCUAUGUCCCAGCGGGCCCACCAGGCUGCAGCCCUGACUGAGGCUCCACCCCCUGAGCCAGUGCCAGGCUCCCUGGGAAUAGCAGUGGCCUCCAGAGAACCGGCAGAUGACACAGAAGGUGGAGUGGAAACAGGCGCCUUCCCACAGCCUGUACCAUCGGCCCCCCCACACGGCUUCAGCAGAAAGGAGAGUCUCCAUCAGAUCGUGGAGAAUCCAGAGCUGCAGCUGCAGCUAGACGGCUUUGGGUCCCAGGGCACCCAGGCCGAUUCACCCAGGAACAGCGAGGAGCCCCAGGUGCAGCUUGUGGCUGGGACCAACUUCUUUCACAUUCCGCUCACACCUGCCUCGGCCCCAGACACCCGCUUGGAUCUGGGCAAUUGCUCUGAGGUCCUGACCCUGGCCAAGAGGCAGAAGCUGGAGGCCCUGAAGGAGGCGGCUUACAAGGUGAUGAGCGACAAUUACCUUCAGGUGUUGCGCAGUCCGGACAUCUACGGCAGCCUGAGCGGAGCCGAGCGGGACCACAUCCUGAGGCGCCGACUCCGGGGCCGCAAGCACCUGGUGGUGGCCGACGUGUGUCCCCAGGAAGACUGGGGCCGCCUCUAUUGCUAUGAUGACAGCAAGGAUGCUUGGCACCUGCUGGCUCACCUGCCCCCUGAGGCGGUGUCCUGGGGCUGCGCUAUCUGCAGUCUCUUUAAUUACAUCUUCGUGGUGUCCGGCUGCCAGGGGCCCGGGCGCCAGCCCUCCAACCGCGUGUUCUGUUACAACCCGCUAACGGGCAUCUGGAGUGAGGUGUGUCCUCUCAACCAGGCUCGCCCACACUGCCGGCUGGUGGCACUGGCCGGACAGUUGUAUGCCAUCGGGGGCGAGUGUCUGAAUACCGUUGAACGCUAUGACCCCCGGCUGGACCGCUGGGCCUUCUCCCCGCCGCUCCCCAACGACACAUUCGCCCUGGCACACACGGCCACGGCGUGCGCUGACCAGAUUUUCGUCACAGGGGGCACACUGCGCUACCUGCUGCUCCGCUUCUCAGUCCAGGAGCAGCGUUGGCGGGCCGGCCCCACGGGGGGCAGCAGGGACCGAACGGCUGAGAUGGUGGCGGCCAAUGGCUUCCUCUACCGCUUCGACCUCCACCGCAGCCUGGGCAUCAGCGUGUACCGCUGCAGCGCCAGCACCCGGCUCUGGUAUGAGUGCGCCACGGACCGGACGCCCUACCCAGAUGCUUUCCAGUGCGCUGUGGUCGACGAUCGCAUUUACUGUGUGGGGCGCCAGCGCACGCUCUGCUUCCUGGCCGACCACAUCUCGCCCAGGUUUGUGCCCAAUGAGCUACAGAGUUUCCCAACCCCACGGGGCACCCUCCUGCCCACUGUCCUGACUUUGCCCACCUCUAAUGUGCCUCAGACCAGGGUCUAGCAGCCCCAAUGCCAGGCUCCUAUGCAACACCAAGAGGCAAGAUCAGUGCCUGCCCUGUUCGCUCAUGGCUCUGUGGGCAGAGCCUGAAUAAUUGGAGACCCAGGAAUGCAGUCGGCAAGUGGGGCAUCUAGUUCACCCUCCUAACUCGCUAUGGGGGGAGCUCAGAGGAGCCUUGCACCUGUGGUGGGCAGCAGAGCCCACGGCAGCGACAGCAAACGGAGCUGGGACUUAGGGUACCAAGGCGGAAGGCAUCUGCAUCUCUCUAAAGAGACAGAUGAUUGUAACUUUACUUUAACUCUCAGUCUUAGGGUGGAGGAGACUCCCCAGGACCCCACCAAGGCUCAGGGGCAUUGCCUUAUCACAAGCAGAGUUCCAAGGGCCUGGUGACCCCAGGGGCCCCUCAGGCUGGUCCCUCUCUGCAGAGGGGUUGGCUCUCUCUGUGAGCCAUUUGUGGGCCUUCCCAAACCCCAGCCCCUGGGACACACAGUUGGGAAAAUACCCAGGAAGGUGGUUCUGGUAGUACCGGAGAGAUGUCCAGGGAUGUGCAAGAUGUGCCUGGCCAGAGAGACAGGUAGGUUGAGAAGUAGAACGAGUUGAGCUGAAGCUGCCCAUGGGGCCUCCACCUGGCGGAGCAAAAGGACCCAACCCUGCUUCCUCCUCUUAGUACCUGGACUUCUAGAGCCCUGGGAGGAAAGAAGCACCUGUUUUUGUGAGCUGUCUUCCUGCAGAGGUCUGCUG